UUUAAGCAAGAGAGCAGCCAGCAGAGUCUCCUCGCCUCGCCGCCGACCAGCAGCCACCCAACGCCGCCCUCUCUCUCACCGGUUGCUUCCGCCGCCACCGUCUGCGCCGCUCCGCUUCUAGCCCCGACGUUGCCUCCUCUGCUGUGUCAAGCUCGAGCCCCAUUCCGGGCUGGGAUUGGGAUUUGGGAACCCCGACUUCCCAACCCUAGUGAGGCGCGAGGGAACGAACAAUCGGAUCGACGAUGCCGAGCUUCCCUCCGCCCGGCGCCGUCACCGUCUGCGAGAUCAACCGCGACCUCGUUGCGGCGGAGGCACUGUCCGACGACCGCGCCAAGGACGCAUACGGCGAUGUCCUCGGAAUGGUCUUCAGUCCUAUCCCUUUCCAGCCAGACACUCUUCCCCCCAUCCUCGAGCCCCCUGCUGCAGAGCAACCAGAGUCUACUGAGAACGUGCCCACAGCUAGUGUGACUUCCACCAUAUCCGAGUUCUUCAAACGGAUGAUCUUCCCUCCAUUAAAUCCAAAUCUGCUACAAGAAUUUGACAUCCAGAAAAUAAGUUGGAAUCCGCACAAGCAUUGUCUAGCAUUUGUGUCUGGGAAGAACCAGGUUAUUGUACAUGACUUUGAGGAUUCAGAUGCUAAAGAGCCGUUCAUUUUGACAAGUGACCAGCACACCAAUGUUAAGGCUGUUGAGUGGAGACCAAAUAGUGGCAAGAUGAUUGCAGUCGCCUGCAAGGGAGGGAUAUGCCUCUGGUCAGCAUCAUAUCUUGGCGAUGUUCCAUUCAUGAAAGCUGGGGUCACCCCUUAUUCCUUUAGUGCCUUCCCUAGAGGUUAUGGUGGUCGGUGGAUACUGGUGGAUGUUCUUCGUGACUCUUCUGCUGAGCAAGUUACCGCGCUUUGUUGGAAGCCUGAUGGAAGAUACUUGGCAUCUGCCUCCUGUAAUAGUCCAUCUUUCACGAUUUGGGAUGUGUCUCAAGGGUUGGGUACUCCUAUACGGCGUGGAUUAAGUAAUAUAUCACUACUGCGGUGGUCACCUAGUGGAGAUUAUCUUCUAGCUGCUAAAUUUGAUGGAACUUUUCACUUCUGGGAGACAAACACAUGGACUUCAGAACCUUGGUCUUCAUCUAAUGGAUAUGUGUCUGGAGCGAAUUGGGACCCAGAAGGUCGUGUUGCAUUGGUAUCCUUUUCUAACUCUACUACACUUGGCUCAAUUCACUUCUCAUCUAAGCCACCAUGUUUAGAUGCUCAUCUUCUACCAGUUGAACUUCCAGAAAUUUCCUCCCUGAUUGUCAGCCGAGGCAUAGAAAAAUUAUCAUGGGAUGCUUCAGGGGAGCGUCUGGCAUUGUCGUUCAAAGAUGGAAAUGAAAUGUACCGUGGUCUUGUUGCUGUAUAUGACGUGAGGAGAUCUCCACUUGUCUCAGUAUCUCUAGUUGGGUUCAUUAGAGGACCUGGAGAAGGAGUGAAACCACUUGCUUUUGCUUUUCAUAAUAAAUUUAAGCAAGGACCCUUGCUUUCUGUGUGCUGGAGCAGUGGCUGGUGCUGUACAUAUCCACUGAUACUCCGUUCUCAUUAACUCCAAUCGUGGCGUCUCGCCAGUUCAGGACUGAUUGUUUCAACUACUGCUGUCAACCUGGAAUAUCGAACGUUUCACAUAGAGGUUGGAAAACAAUUUUCGAAGUACUGUUGAUGUCUUGUAUAGAUGUAUUGCAAAGCCCUGCUUUUGUUAAGCAGGUGCAAUUUCUAUGCGCCUAGGAGAAAUGCAAAGCAUGAAUUGCAUCCCAUAUAUGUAAUGUAACAUUGUAGCUUGAGAAAGGAUGUCUGUCUAUUAGCGGAUUCGUCUCCAGAUGUA